AUGCCUCUGUUGCAGUUGCAGAUGGUGGCUGGCGAGUGGCAGUCUGACACCACAUGUGUGUUUGAAGAAAAGAAAAACAUCCUCAGUGAGAGACACAGCCUGCGACCCAUCAAGCAGCUGGGCAGCCUCAUUGAUGCCCUCCGGGAGCAGGAGCAGGAGCAGGAGGAGCAGCAGCAGCAGCAGCAACAGCAGGAACAGCAGCUGGAUCAAGAGCCGUCCUGCCAGGAGCACGGGGAGCGGCUGCAUCUCUUCUGCGAGGACGACGGCCAGCUCAUCUGCUGGCGCUGCGAGCGCCAUGGGCAGCACAAGGGCCACAACACGGAGCUCCUGGAGGACGUGAGCCCCGGCUACAGGGAAAAGCUCCAGGAAGCGGUGAGGAAACUGAGGCAACUGGAAGAGGAAUGCACGAACCAGAAAGCAUUCAUGGCGAUGCAGAUAGCCCAGUGGAAGGUGAGAAUGGGGGGGCUCUCGCCUUGGCCACUGGAGGGCACCGCCCUGGGCUCAGGAGAGGAGAGCGAGGAAGAGCGCAUUCUGCAGAGACUGAGGGUCAGUGAGGCCGACCUGGACCAGCAGAGCCGCCAGCUCGAGAGCCACAUCCUGGAGCUGGAGGAGCGAUGCCAGGGCUCUGCCCAGAAGCUGCUGCAGGACGUGAAGGGCGCCCUGAGCAGGAGCCAGGCUGUGCGGCUGGAGACUCCGGAGGCCCUGGUCUUGGAGAUUGAGACCGAGUGCGACGUCCCCGAGGUGUAUUUUGACCUGAGGAAACGUUUGAGGCGCCAUCAAGUCGGCGUGACUCUGGAUCCAGAAACAGCGCAUCCGGAACUAAUUCUGUCCCAGGAUCAGAGACAAGUGACGCGGGGCCCCCAGGGCGAUGGGGAUCUCUCUCCUUGGAGGUUCAUGGCCUUGCCCUGCAUCCUGGGCCGGCAGAGCUUCGCGGCCGGGCGGCAGUACUUCGAGGUGGACGUGGGCGAGGGCACGGGCUGGGACGUGGGCGUCUGCCUGGAGAGCGUGCAG